GUCGGCAUUGGCAUCAUCUUUUGGCGGCGGUGGCUUCUUCCUCUUUGGGGCCCCUGGAGGCCUGGGUGGCUGGAUUGAGCGGUGGCUGCGGCAAUGGCGCCGUCGUCAUCUUCUGGCAAUGGCGGCAUUUUUGCGGCGGUCGGCAGUGAUGGCGGCGGUGGCGGCGACAUCUUUUCCCUGCCUUGGGGUCUUCUUGAGGUUGAGUGAUUGGUUCGUCACCGACUAACAUUGCUGAAUAAUCCGGCGCUCAGUAUGGUUGGCGGAGUCACCUUUGGCAGUGUUCCAUCCUUGCCUGGGUGGGUGCCCGCCCAGAUGACCCGCCAUCCCAGGACAUCAUUUCCACCUUUGGACCUUAAUUUAUCAUCUAAGUUUGUUCCCGGUCAGAGACUGUUGUGUUACCAUCUGGACUGGCCGGGAUGAGAUCACCUGUCACUCUCUAGAACAUUGAUGUACUCACCAGCGCAACUUCUUGGUCUGCAAGACUCCCCCAUCUCACUGAUUUGGCCCUCCACUCUAUCGAGGGCCUACCUCGCUGACAGAAUUUGGAAUCCCGAGAAGUGGCAUGUGGCAAAGAAGGGGCUUAGGAGUUUUUUUAAAAUUGUCUUUUAAAGGGUUUUUAAGGGGGGGAGGGUUAGGAUGGGUUGUGGGGGAAACCCAUCAGGGAUAGGGCUGGACCCUGCUAAGACUCGCGGCACAGAGGUUACAGGUUCGGGGGCGAAGGAGAAGGCUGGAGUUCGACCUUAUAAGGGCUAUUCCAUCGGCAUGGUAAAUGGGAGGGGCAGAUACAGUGGAAGCAGGGGCCCGCAUCAUGUUCGGGGAGUGUGCACUCGCUGCUUACGAGCGAUCGCGCACUCUGGUCCCUGUGGCUUUCCCCGUUCCCCGAGUGGCUGGAAUCCCCACAGCCUGGACCUUCGGCUGCUGUUAUGUAAUUCCAGGUCUGUGGUUAAUAAAGCCCCCCUUAUUUUCGAUCUUAUACAAGAGGGAGGUGCGGACCUGAUGGGCAUUUCGGAGACCUGGUUGGGCAUGGAAGAGGGGGUGCCCCUUGUUGAAAUGUGCCCACUGGGCUUCCGUGCAUUUCAUCAGCCGAGGGCCCAGGGCAGGGGUGGGGGGGUAGUGGUUAUUAUUAACGAAGGUCUGGAUCCGAGGGAGGUCACUGUGCCGCAGAUAGCCGGAUGUGAGUCUCUCUUUGUGAAGUGGGGUCAGGGGAUGCAGGUGGGCUUGCUGAUUACGUACCUGGCUCCCUGCUGCGUGACAGCAGCCCUGCCCGAGCUGCUCGAGGUGAUAGCCGGGACGGCGGUUGAUACCCCCAGACUUAUGGUUAUGGGGGAUUUCAACCUGCCGUCGGCAGGCAAAGCGGCGACGGCUCGGGAGUUCAUGGCUUCCAUGACAGCCUUGGACCUGACCCAGUUAGUUAAUGGUCCCAUUCACAUCGGGGGAAACACUCUGGACUUGUUUUUUGUCUCGGGACAGUGGUUGAAUGAUCUAGAACUAGGGGAUUUAGUUAUCCACCCCCUGUCAUGGUCAGACCAUACGCUCCUUCGACUUGACUUUCAAACCGCCAACCCACACCGCAGGGAGACGGAGCUGACUCGCUGGUUCCGUCCCAGGCGCCUGAUGGACCCGGAGAGGUUUCUGACGGAGCUUGGGCCGUUUCCUGAGGAUCUAGCCCACGGCUUGGCUGAAGAACUAGUCACCGCCUGGGAAAGGGCAGCGGCAAGGGCUUUGGACGCGUCGUGCCUUUGCGGCCUCUGACCCGGCGCCGAUCUCGACUAGCUCCUCGGUAUUCUGAGGAGCUGAGAGAGAUGAAGUGCCGGAAAAAACGCCUAGAGAGUGAUUGGAGGACCAGCUGCUCUGAAUCCGAUCGAACACUAGUAAGGUCUCAUAUUCAGACCUACCUAGUGGCGAUAAGAGCGGCAAAACGUGAGUAUUUUUCCGCACUUAUUGCAUCGGCAGAUAACUGCCCAGCCACCCUGUUUAGGGUGACCCGCUCUCUUCUUUUUCAGGGAGCUCGGGAGGACCCCUUGCAAGGGCGUGCUGAGGAUUUUGGACAAUAUCUGCACGAUAAAAUCGCUCGGAUCCGGGAUGGUCUGGACGCUGAUUGGGUAGAUUUGGGUGGGACGACGGAGGUAGUUCUUGAGAAUGUUAUCUGGGAAGAGUUCAAUACUGUGGCUCCCGAGGACAUGGACAGGAUACUGGGGAGGCUGAAUGCGACCACAUGUUUUUGGACCCGUGUCCCUCUUGGUUGGUACUGUUGUGUCUUGUCUGCUCUCACCGCAGCCGGGGUCUGCUUAUCUGCUCCCGAACACGGAGGAAUGUAUGCCUCCCGGCCCCAGUCCUGGCUCCAUGCCCAGACAAGCUGCAGAGGAAAGUUUACUUCCAACAGCUGAUUGGAGUGACCCUCGCAUCAGAAGAUUGGAUAGGCGGAGGCAACAGAAGGAAGGGAGGGGCAGGCCUUAAUGAGUGCUGAGUCAUGGAGCCACACCCCAUGGCCUAUAUAAAGGAUCUGCUUUCUGGCAGUCUCUGAGUCAGGCAAAGUCAAACUUAUCUUGCUGAAGUCACUUACUGGUCUCCUGCCUGCUCUGAGGACUUUGCUAGGACUUUGGGCAGAGCUGCAGAGGCAAGCCUGAUUUGGAUUUCCCUGACCCGGCCGUCGGCGGAGGAAUGGGACACGACAGGUACUGGCCACACAGGAGGUUACACGAGGCUGGCUUCUGGGAAUUAUCAAUGCUUCUUUGAUGGAGGGUGUCUUCCCUACCACCUUGAAAGAGGCGGUGGUGAGGCCCCUCCUCAAGAAGCCCUCCCUGGACCCAGCUGUUCUGGCGAACUAUCGUCCUGUCUCCAACCUUCGUUUUGUGGCAAAGGUUGUUGAGAGUGUGGUGGCAUGACAGCUCCCCAGUACCUGGAUGAAACUGUCUAUCUAGACCCGUUCCAGUCCGGCUUCAGGCCUGGGUAUAGCACGGAGUUGACUUUGGUCGCGUUGGUAGAUGAUCUCUGGAGGUCUUGGGACAGGGGUUGUUCCUCUGUCCUGGUCCUAUUAGAUCUUUCAGCGGCUUUUGAUACCAUCGACCAUGGUAUCUUGCUCCGACGGCUGGGGGGUUUAGGAGUGGGGGGCACCGUUUUUCGUUGGUUCUCCUCCUAUCUCUCUGACCGAUCGCAGACAGUGUUGGCAGGAGGGCAGAGAUCGGCCGCAAGGCACCUCAUGUGUGGGGUGCCACAGGGGUCGGUUCUCUCGCCUCUCCUGUUCAACAUCUACAUGAAGCCGCUGGGUGAGAUCAUCCGUGGUUUUGGGGUGCAAUGCCAUCUGUAUGCUGAUGAUACUCAGCUGUACAUUUCCACCCCUAACCAACCCAACGAAGCCGUGGAAGUGAUGUCCCGGUGUCUGGAGGCCAUGCGGGUCUGGAUGGGGAAGAACAGGCUUUGACUCAACCCUUCCAAGACUGAGUGGCUGUGGAUGCCGGCAUCCUGGUACAUCUAGCUGAUUCCAUCGCUGUUGGGGAAAAAUCAUUGGCCCCUUGGGAGAGGGUCCACAACUUGGGCAUUCUCCUGGAUUUACGGUUGUCUUUAGAAGAGCAUAUGAUGGCCAUCACCAGGGGAGCUUUUUAUCAGGUUCGUCUGAUAUGCCAGUUGCGUCCCUUCCUAGACCGGGAUUCCCUAUGCACGAUCACUCAUGCCCUUGUCACUUCCCGCCUGGACUACUGCAAUGCUCUCUACAUGGGGCUCCCCUUGAAGAGCACCAGGAGGAUCCAGCUGGUCCAGGUAAUAGAGGGAGCAACAUGAUGCCGCAACAUGAUCUCCUGCGCAAGCUGCACUGGUUGCCGGUGGUCUUCUGGGUGCAAUUCAAGGUGUUGGUUAUCACCUUUAAAGCGCUCCAUGGCAUAGGACCGGGUUAUCUAUGGGACCGCCUACUGCCACCAAUAGCUUCCCAUCGACCUGUGCGCUCCCAUAGGGAGGGCCUCCUCAGGGUGCCCUCAGUCAAACAAUGUCGACUGGCGACCCCCAGGGGGAGGGCCUUCUCUGUGGGAGCUCCUGCCCUUUGGAAUGAGCUGCCUCCGGGGUUACGUCAACUCCCUGACCUCCGGACCUUCAAACGCGAGCCUAAGACCUUUUUGUUCUAUCGUGCGGGGCUGGCCUAACGUAAUUUUAAUGUGGGGGUUUUAUUAGGGUUUUAUGACAGUUUUAACUUAUUUUGGCCAAAUUAGAAUAAGAUUUUUAGAAUGUUUUAAUUUUUGUCUAUGUUGUUUUAUUCUGGCUGUAAACCCCCCUGAGUCCUUCGGGAGAAGGGCGGUAUAAAAAUUAAUUAAUUAAUUAAUUAAUUAAUUAAUUAAUUAAUUAAAUAAAUAAAUAA